UUGCCCAGCACCGGCGCAGAGCACGACGGGAAGCGGACGGAACCCUCAGUGGGCCAUACUUAAUCGGUCAGGAAGCUUCCGAGAUUGAGACCAGGUGAAACAGAGAGAGUGCUUAUGGAACGUCAGGAGUAUGGUGGAGUGAACAAAAUCACUAAGGCGCGGAAAGUUCCGAUACCCUAGCGGCUUGAGGCGGAGCCAGGACUGCGGUAGGUGCAGCAUGGUGCGCAAGGCAUUGUGGGACGCUGGGAGACACGUAACGGAAGCCCCGGAGGGUCAAACCACAACGACGCGGGAAGUCCGGACGCGCUAGCUGUCUGAAGAGGCCGAGUGAGCUCGGGCCCACCCGAGGCAAUGGCGGAGAGGCCGGAGGACCUGAAUCUGCCCAACGCCGUCAUCACCAGGAUCAUCAAGGAGGCGCUCCCGGAUGGAGUCAACAUCUCCAAGGAGGCCCGGAGCGCCAUCUCCCGCGCCGCCAGUGUCUUCGUCCUGUACGCCACAUCCUGUGCCAACAACUUCGCGAUGAAGGGGAAGCGCAAGACUCUCAACGCCAGCGACGUGCUCUCCGCGAUGGAGGAGAUGGAGUUCCAGCGGUUCGUGACCCCUUUGAAAGAAGCUCUGGAAGCCUACCGGCGGGAGCAGAAGGGCAAGAAGGAAGCCUCGGAGCAGAAGAAGAAGGACAAAGACAGGAGAGCAGAUUCGGACGAGCACGACAAGAGCAGGGACGAGGACAACGAUGAAGACGAAGAGAGACUGGAGGAGGAAGAAGAACAGAAUGAGGAGGAUGAAGUGGACAACUGACUAGUUGGGCUGGUGGACGAUGGCGCCGUAGGAGUUGCCACCCCGAAAUGUCUCGCUUGGCUGGGAAGCUUUUCUCUGUGGGGCGGAGUGGUCUUGGGCCCGAGGGCCAGAGAUUAAAUAAAUAAAAACUGACCAGAAUUAAUCAAAACCAGCUCUUCCCAGACUCAGAGCGGCUGAGUAGCAGACUUCUGUGCUGCUGAGGCAGUCUGAAGGUUGUAGUCCGAGGGGUUCUGAUAGCUCUUGUUUCCUAGAUGACUGGCCAGGCAGUUUUUAAUCCCCAGUUUCCCUGCCCCUACACAAAAGUAAUAACUUCAUGCUGCCCACUGGGUUCCAGAUCACAGGCAGCAAAGGCUCAGGAAAAAAUUGGGACUUUGAUCAUGGUCAGCCUGUUUGUACAGUAUUUGGCAGUAAUAGUUUAUUAAGGAUACAGUGGUUUGGCUUAGGGAACCUACUAAAAAUCUAUGGGAGAAUAAUGAAGCCUCUCACUUCCCGGCGGUUUAGUUUUCUCUAGACCCACUUGGCUUGCAGUCCCUUCCGUAUUGUUUGUAGCCAUUCAGCCUGGUGGAGGGCUGUGCUCUUACAUUCUGAGUUGUAGGGCAGAAUUGGCCCUUAAGGAAGAGGUCCACUGUCUUAACAGUUAAUCUCUGAUUACCCCCUCUGCCUGCCACUGUACAGCUUAAGGAUUUGUUGUCACCUCUUGGAAGGUAUAAAAUCCCAGGCUUUCUCUUCUUGUAGUCUAUCUCCACACUAGUGGCUGUGGGUUUUCAUUCACUAACUCAUGAGUUCCAGACUUUGAUACUCUAGGCACAAACUUUUUCCCUCUCUGUUCUUCCAUCUUUUCUGUCCUUCCCAUUACCGCUUCUCCAUCAUUUAUUCACUUCAUCUGCAAGUCCAGAAACUUGAAUUACCUGCAGGCUCCUCUGAUUUCUGUGUCUUUUAAAAAUAAUUGUGAGACUCCUGAACCCUAGGGGAAAUCUGAUGGUGCUUAGGAAUCUAGUUCUCCGUCACCACCCCAAGCAGCCCUUUCAUUGCUUCUGAAGUGUCUAAAAAUCCUUAGCCUUUUCCUCUUCCCAUUCAGUGCUCCAAGCACUUUUUUUGGUCUGAAUUGAGCACUUGAGGGUUGACAGGAAGAGUAAUAUAGUUGGACACUGUUAAGUGGUCAAGUGAUGAGUUUGUUGAUUAAUGGCUGAAGACUGUUGAGAAGAUUUUAAUGUUUAUACAAAUAAAGAACAUUCUUGUUUAAA